GGAUGAUAAUUUAUUAAUGUAGCUAGCCGACAUUUUAUUUCUAGCGUCCUUCAAUCGAUCUUUGAGAAUUGCACUGCCAUACUGGACAAAAGCGUAGCGAAAGGGUCAGGCAUUGACACACCGUCAAAGUGCGUGCCGUUCUUCGUCGCUCAGACUGUUCGCCUCACUCCGCCGCCCAUCACCGCGAGAGUUUCGCGGCCAGGGGUGCAAAACAUGUCCCCUGUUGCUCGUUCAUAGGGAGUGUUAAUUCAAACAUCUGGAUCACUUAUACCAAUGGAACUAAACGCGUUCGUACACAACCGGUUGCCUAGGUAACGGAGCUGUCUAUUCUUAGUGUAUAAUGAUCACGACUAACUAGACAAGAUGCUGGCAGAGUGGGAAGUCGCUCUCAUCCUUAUCGUGUUCAGCAUCCUGGUUGCUGUUGGCAUAGGCCUGUUCUGUCGGUUCGUGGGGAUACGCAGGGUCGUAUCGUUCUUCGCCACAGAUGAGGAGAAGGCAGUGUUGACGAAACAUGAUCAGAAUGGAUUAAUGCACGGCUCAGAGUCGGAUUUUGUCUUGGACAACAGCGGCAAGUUUAUGGAAUACGAUACGAUCAAAUCAGACCCUGGCUACAUGGACCUAGACAAGGGUCGGCCCAAGGAGGCCCAGCCACCUGCGAGGAUACAGACUAACGUGUUGGAUAGCCCUCGAGAUAGCCCCACAGCGUCUAUUGGUAGUACUUCGGAUUUCGAUCCCAUGGUACAGAACCUACCUCGGGCGGCAUCAUGCGAGAGCUUGGCAUCAGAUACUUCAGUCAUGGAGCUUCAGCCUGAUAUACCCGCCAUAGGGCAAAUAGAAGUAGGACUCGAAUACGACAAAGAGGUAUCGGAGCUGGUGGUGGGUGUUAUCCAGGCCCGGGACCUCCCAGCGAAUGAAUAUAGCGGCACGCUGGAUUCAUAUGUCAAGGUUUACCUUCAGCCAAACACGGAAGGAAAAGGUCAAACCAAGAUUCAGAAGAAAACGAUAAACCCUGUGUUCAAGGAACGAUUCCUUUUCAACGUGGAACCCUACGACCUUGGUUUAAAAACCGUUCAAUUCCAUAUAUACGCCUGUGAUAAGUAUGCCCGACACAAGAUGGUGGGUGAGGUCGAAAUCAAGCUCUCUGACCUUGAACUGUCACAACCUCUUAGAAUCUGGCUCAGUCUUAGAGAUAUUGAUGAGAAACCCGCCGACCUCGGAGAGUUGAUGUUCUCUCUGAGUUACCUGCCCACCGCCGAGCGCCUUACUGUGGUAGUAGUCAAGGCGAGGAAUCUCAAAUGGUGUGAAAACAAACGAAGUGGAGAUUCGUUCGUGAAGGUAUUCCUCCUCCAGAACGGUCGCAAAGUGAGUAAGAAAAAGACGUCGACAAAGAAGGAUGAAGCACAGCCAGUUUUCAACGAAGCCAUGAUUUUCUCGGUACCAGCAAGUGCCCUACCCAAUCUACAACUGCGAUUUACUGUAGCAGAACAAGAACAAGGCGGAAGAAUCAACCAUGUUGGUCACGUGAUAGUAGGCUCGCAGACGGCAGGAACUGAGUUAUCUCAUUGGAAUCAAAUGAUGACUUCUUUACGGAAACCUGUAUCAAUGUGGCAUAGCCUAAUUAGACAUAAAUAAGGACUCCAGGGAGAUUCGUUAGGAGAUUGUCACAAGAUUAUAAUAAUGGACGGAAGCGGGAGUGAAGAAUAAUUUUUUGCCGGCAUCAUUAUUUUGUAAACUAGAAGACAUAAUAUCAAGAGUGCAUCACUAUAACUUUCUUCGAACAAAAAUAACCUGAAGGCUUACGUGAUUACUCCCCUGUGAUUGGUUCAAGUCUGAAGACUGCACCCGUGAAACAGGAUUCAGAUUUUCUGGUUGGCUAACACCAAAGAACUUUGGAGAGAAUAUGAAUAAGUAUAUUAUUGGAAAACAGUAUACACAAUGUCAAAGUCUAUGGAUUGUGGGAUUUUUAUCGUCUGUGGUCUUCCUCAUGCUAACCUCGUUCCCUAGCCAGCAAAUCAAGUGGUACCAGGUCAAAAAAGGAGACGGGGUGUGUCGGAUGGGUAGAUUGUCCUGUGGCGUUUUGUUGAUCAGACAAUGGUUUCGUGGAGACUAAAUCUAUUGAAAGUUGGAUCGGUCAUGAAAAUAGUAUCUUGUAGUGUGAAUUAAAACUAACCCAGAGUGUUUCAGUGAAUUGACCUUUUCAUGUACGCGUAGUUCUGUCUUGUCCAAGCUUCGCGUAUUUUCGUACCGUUAUAUUUAAGAGGUUUGUAUCCAUAGUCAGCAUUUGUGGCAUUUGUGCCAUCUAUAUGUUGGUUGAGUUGCACUGUGAAGUGGUUACAUGUGAGUGUAUAAGUUCAUGGUGUCUAAUCAAAGAUAAAAUUAUUUCAUUCGUACGCGAUAUUGCUCAUGCAUCACAGAUUUUGGUUGUCGUAUUCGCAGUUAAUCUGGCAAAUGGAAGUGGUGACGGGUGAUUACAUGAUACGCUGUAACCCCUGCUGCCAGCCAGACCAACUGCAAAAGUAAUCACCACGAUUAGUUAUGCAUAAGCGAAAUCACAUAAGAGUAAAAUAAUUUUGUUUUUGUGGAGACCGUCGAAUUAACCAGUAUGAUUCUUUCCAAUUCAAGUAGUGAUCUCUGCACAAUACAGGAUAGAACGGUUUGUUUACGUUAUCUGGACAAGCAAGAAGUUGACGGGGCUGGGACAUGCUCCUUGAUUGAAAGAGUGAUUCCAAUCUUGGUCCUGUGUACAGAAGCCGAGAUAUUACCAUCUUGUACACUUUACAGUAACUAUGAACAAUGUACAUGUACUAUAUACAGUAUGAUUAUGUUAUGUUUGAAAUCGAGAUUAUAAUACGUUUGGGUAUCUGUGAUUAGUUAGAUUUCUGAUAGGUUCCAAACUGAAUCGCCAGGGUCGAGACGACCCAUGCCAGGAGGCAUGCCUUAUUGUAUGCCGUCACAGCUGCUCUGCAGUCCUCCAAAAUAGCCAGUCAAAACAAAUCAACUGGCCUUGUGAAAAUUAAGUUUACUUGAGUUUGCUUCGAUAGGAAAUACCAAGUUUUCAUAAAGUUUUAGCACAGUGAUUUUUUAGACAGUCUACAACAAUCAUCAAAAUACAUGUACUUCUUAUUAGAAAUGGACAUAGAUGCUUUAAACACAAUGUAAUGCAUCUGUUCAGCGAUUUGUUUGUAAACCUUGCCAUUUAUGAAUAAUCUCGAGUGAUAUAGUUGAGCUGUUUGGCUUAGUGCUAUGAGCUACUUGUAUAAGCGAAGGCCUACCUUAAUCAUGUGUGUGGUUUCAGCAUCCAAUCCCACCCAGUUACUGUAUGUCUGUUCAUCUGUGGUCUGAAGUACAUUCCCAAACCAGUGGCGAUGUUCAAACGCCAGUUUUUCCUCACGUCCGCCACUGAUAUGAUUUUGAUUUUCAUGUUGCCCAAAAAAAUGGUGUAUUAAAACUAGUUCAUGUCACAAUAAUUCUGUCACCUCCUCAAUAGUUUCAUACAUAAAUGCAUGAAACUAGACUCUGAUAAAAAGAUUCAAGUACCCUGCUAUGUUCAGCAAGUUUUCUUCGAACAGGACAAGACAUUUUCGCGUUAUCUGACACGUUCAACUUGUAUUAUCUGUUCUCCCUGCUUUCUAUAUCAAUCUGAUCGUAAAAUCCAAGUUCUAAAGAGUUAUAGCAAUAAAGCUAAGU